AUGCUUGUCGGGGUAGCUUUCCUCUUCCUGGGAGCAGUCGCUGCCAACCCAGUCAUACCCAGGGAGGAUGGUAGUUCUACUCCUACUCCCACUCUAACUAUUUCAAGUAGUGUACCUGCAUCUAGCCCAUCCGAUGCAUGCGCCACCUCGUCAACAAGUAGCCAGUGGCUAAGCACAUGCAAUACCACUAUCUUCUGGCCGACAUCAACCAACUACUACUACGGCCCAACCACUGGUCCCGAGGCCUCGGCAGUCUCCUGCAACGCCGAAUGGGUCGAAUACGACGGACGCGCCAGUGGUUUGGAAUCUCUCGGCGCAACGUCCACGUCCACCAUCUACAGCACCUAUGUUACCAGCACGGGGGCCUGCAACACUCAGAUCUGGGGCGAAGGCUGGGACGACCCUCACGCGGGCCCAGUCACCACGCUGUGUGAUGGGAUUCCCCGUGCCCUUGGUCCUCGAGAGUACUCGACGACAUAUUGGCCCGGCACGGGGCCCUGCAGCUCCUUCAUCGCGACCGAAACCACCACGACCCUCGUCUAUCGAUCCCCCUCACCAACCCCAGCUGCUCGCUCAAUUCCCAAGACUGCAUCCCCAUCUGGCAAACUUACAGCAGCCUCCGCCAGGCCUACUCUGACUCCGAAGCUGCCCAUCCACCACGAGAAACUACACCGAGAAGGACCCCUGCACCAACUGUCAUUACCUGCCCGGCACCGCGACACUCUUCUACUGGCCCGUAACCACCACCAACGGCGACCUCUGUCUGCAGAACGGAAGCACCGUCCCAGCCACCCCGACGGGCGAAGGCCCAACACCGCGGUGGUCAAUGGCCACACCUUCGUCUCGCCCAGCAUCUACGUCUCCUUCACCAGCAUCUACGCCCGCAGCAACCAGCGCGCCCACCCCGGCGGCUCCUGCGGCGGCGAAUACGAAGACGUUAUCAUCUCCGUCGAUCCCACCGCCGUGUCCUCCUACCGCAGCCACAUCAACGCCAAAUACCCCACCAUCGGCACCGCGUACCCCUUCGAAUACGACGAGUUCCAGCCGCACACGGUCGGCAAUUAUACCAUGCCCCUGAUCCCCUGGGAGAAGUACCAGGCGCCUCGCAGUGUCCCUUCCGCGGCGGCAACAAGUGUGGUAUAUCCCUCCCGUCAGCAUGGUGCCUCUCGUCGGCGAUCUGGAGUCCCUGCCCACUGGCGUCGCCGAGGCCAGCGUCCCGACGCCUACGCCGGCGGUGCCGAGUCGGGGGUUGCUGCGCCUACGCCGGAGGCUACGGUGUGGUAG